CGUAGCCUACGAUUUGUGGUUAUCUUUUUACAUUAUGGGUGGUCUUGGACACCUCGUGGGUUACUCGUCUUGUAGAUUCUUUAUUUCAAGAAAAAAAUAAUUGGCAUUGUUGGAAAUCUUCCGGGUUUAGCUCCAUGCGCGUGCUGUCUUGACAUUACCCUUUGCGAAUUGGGUUUUCAUCUCAAUUGGACGAGAUCAGCUCCUGUAACAAUGAUCAUUCUGUUGUCAGGAUUCCUAUUUUUCUCCGGACUUUUCGUUACUUUCAAACAUGUCAUUAAAACUCGCACAAACUUGAAAGACGCGGAUGUGGCGUUUCUCAGUACACGGAUAGUGUCCUCUAUCCAUGCACUGCUGGCCUCCUCAGCUGGUGUCUUGAUCGUGGCAUCCUGCAGUGAUGUUAUGAAUGACAGGCACAGACUUGCAACAGAUUUUGUGUGGUUCGGAGCACCUUACAUGGCGUAUGACAUAUAUGCCAUGUACCAGGUGCAUCAUCUGAGCGAGAUGGGGAAAGGCUCUGAGGACCACACAGGGCAUUCACUUCACACCAUCUCCAAGUUCCUCCACAAGAACGUCUUGUUGGUCCUGCACCACACAGCCCUGCUGACAAUCUUCAUGCCUGUUACUCUGUUCCUGCGGAGAGGCCUGGGCGACUUCUUCAUCGGUUGUUUCUUCAUCACAGAACUCAGCACACCAUUCGUAUCAGCAGGAAAGGUCCUUAUUCAGCUGGGAUUACAAGACUCCACUCUACACAAAAUCAACGGCCUGAUGGUCCUUCUGACUUUCUUCCUGUGUAGAAUAUUACUCUUCCCCUUCAUGUAUUGGGUCUAUGGCCGGAGCUACAACAUACCUCUUUACCGAGUGCCCUUUCGUCUUCCAUGGCACUGUAACCUUGGCAACCUCUGCAUACUCACACCACAGCUGUACUGGUUCUUCCUGCUAUGCUGUAAGGCUCGACACCUUUACCUUCGCCAGAUGAAGGCACACGGCAACAAAGCUAAGACAAGCUGACACUGAAGCCUUGUCAUUAAUUUCAACUCUUACAUACUAUUACACACAGUUAGUGCCUUUCUGUAGACUGCGAGGCUAUUCAGACAUUGCUGUAUUUGUACCAGAGUACUCCCACAUGUGGGUUACCAUGGGCGCCGCUAGUGGAAGAAAAGUGUUACAGAUUCGAAGGGCCUGACAGCACUGACAGGGGCCCCUGGAAGGAUGCUGUUGACAGAAUUUGUCAUUUUGGGGGCCUAAAAUUCAUAUCUUUCAUGGGGCCCAACAUUUCGGCACCCCUGUGGGUGACUGAGGGCUUUGUUAGUAAAAAGUCUUCAAAAGGCUAGUUCUCUCUCUGCACUGUACGUAGGUGGCUCAGGGGAUUUCAUUAAUAAACUGAUUGGCAGUAGGCUACGUUUGUUAAUGAGUCGACCAAAUACAAGUUUGGAAUGACAUAAUUAAUGAAGAUGCACUUCACAAUAAGAUACACUAUACUGUAUAUUUUAUUUAAAAUGUGCCUGUGUAAUAUUUAUGUGUGCUUCUGUUUUAUUUUAUUUAUUUACCGGUAUUUCACCAUGUUUUAUUACUAUUAACAUUUUGUCCCAUGCCCAUUCAAACAGAUGAUUUGCAGGCCUA